UCCUCGAAGAAAUCCAAGCCGAGCAUCCCCGUGGAACUGAUCUGGUCUCGCAGCUUGUACAUCUCAGCGACCAGCUCCUCCUCUGUCUGCGCCACGAACAGGGUCUCGCGAAUACAUACCAUUUUCCAGCUUGCAGCAUAUCCAACUUCUUUGUUUGGCACACUCACAAGCUGUUCCGCUCCCGCUAGGCUCCCGAUCCCGCUCCUCGCCGACGGCCGCUCCGGCCCCGGCGACCACAGCCUCCCACCGCUCGCCGCUCCGGCGUUCGGCGGCCACUUUCCUGUCCCCUCCCCUCCCCCUGCUCCCUUGGACUCCCUGGCUGCCCCUGGCCGUGGGCGCGACCGGCGCUGGCUCGAGUCCAGCCCGUCCUCUGGCGACUCUGCGAGGCCCUUUUAUCGGCAGGCGCUCUGCGGGUCCUCGACCGCCGCCCCUCCUUCGGCCUCACCCCCGCCACCUCCGCGCGUCAUCCGCUCCGAGAUCCACCGGCUCCCCGAGGGGGAGCCCGUCGAGGAGCGCGAGUGGCUCGUGGCCGGUCACAAGCGAAGGCGGCCCCCAAAGCGGCAUCGCCCGCGGCGGCGCGCUUCCGCCGCGCGCUCGCCCACGGCCCCCGUCGCCCCGCUUGCUGGGCCUGGCCAGCGCAGGGCCUCGGAGGAGUUCUGCUCGCGCUACCGCUACCACGGCCACCCCAGAGCCGAGUGCCGUCGCGACAUCCGCUGCGCCCGCUGCGGUUUCUAUGGCCAUGUGGCGCGCAUGUGCACCAACCCGCGCUCGCCGCCGUCCCCCUCGCGCUCAAGCCCGUCGCCCAAGCGUCUCCGAGGGCCUUCCCCGCCGCAGCCUUCGCCUUCGCCGGCGCCUUCGGCUGCGUCCUCGUCCGUCCAGGGUCCUGGCAGCCUGCGUCUUCCGGGCUUGCCGUCCCCUCCCCUCGCGCUUCCCAAGCAGCGCGGCCUGCCUCCCCCUUCGUCCCCCUCUCCGGCCACCCGUCGCUGCGUCCGACCGCUGCGCCUGCAUGUUUCCUACCCCUGUCCGCGGAGAUCGACGCUGCCGAGCAGGAGCUCCGACGUGCGUUGCUCGCCACCGUCGCAGGGUGCAGGACCGGGGUCUCGUGCCAGGAGGUCUCCGACGUGAUCUGCUCGCGCUUUGGCAUCCCGGCGGCGCGCUUCUCGGUUCAUCGCCACCUGCCGGAGGAUUUCCUCAUCCACUUCCAGCAUGCGGAGGAUCGUGCCCUGGUGGCCAACGAUGGCGUGUGGACCGCCCGCUUCCGCCUGCUUCUUCACCCAUGGAGCGUGCUUGCUGGUGCGGAGCAAGUGCGUGCUCGCUUCCGGGUGCACCUCGAGCUCACCGGGGUUCCUGACCAUGCCUGGCACUGCGCCACUACGGUCACGCUGCUCUCGCCGUUCUGCCUGGUGGCGCACCUCAAGCCGCGUACGCGUCAUGGCGUGGACCUGGACAUCUUCAGGCUCACUGCUUGGACGGCCAACCCCGACGCGAUCCCUCUCGCCGCUGACCGAGUAAAUUGCAGAAAACCAUCGGUUUGAGGGGUAGGUUAGCAGAAAUCACUACGUUACAGUUUUUUUAGCAAAAAACACCAACUCUCUCGUAAACAAUUUGCAAAUACCACUGAUCGGCGGAUCGGGCACCGAUAAGUGGAUUUAUGACAGGUGGGGCCCGGUUUUUGCCGACGUGGCGCUGUCAGCUGGUCGGACAGCCGUUAGACGCCGUUAGACGGCGCUCUCGCACGUGAACUUAAGUGAUUCGCUCCUCUGUCUCUCACUCUCACUCUCACUUUGCUCUCGCACGCUCUCGCUCUCGCUCUGUUCUUGCUCGCCGCCGCCGGCCGCUCCGCUCCGCGUCGCGCUGCUGCCGCCGCCGCAUCGUCAUGGUGUCCUGGAGUGAAAGCGACGACAGCAGCGAGCACACUAGGCAGUACAUCAGCUCUGAUUCUGACGACGGCAGGAUGCAGGUCCCUGCUUCAACUGAGGACUCCGAUUUUGAGGGCCCUGAAGUUGAAAUGCAGGUUUUGUGCCAUGGUCACGGGAAGUUAGCAGAGAGGCGCGUUGCUUUUGAAGGAAUUCUAACUGGGAGGAGGUUUCUCUGUUGCGCUGAGAAGAAAGGUAGAGACUGUGGACUAGUUAAAUGGAUUGAUCCUGCUUGGCCCAAUACCCUUGAGAAUGCAUUGCACAAGUUAUGGUUGAUGUAUGAAGACAACAAGAGACAGAGGGCUGAGGACACUCUGAUGAAUUCUUUUGAAGUUCAUAACCUGACACAAGAGAAGAAAAAGUUGCAGGCCAGCUAUGAGAAGCUGGUUGAAGAUGUCAAUGCACUUGUGGAUGCCCAACAACGUAGGGUAGAGAUAGAAAAGACAGAUGCUGAUACCAAGAAGUUGGAGGAGAAGUAUGAGAUGGUGAAGAACCUGGUAGCUGCUCAGGCCAGUGUCAUUAGGAACAUGAAGCUUAAGCUAGCUGAAGAGAGGAAGAACUUGCCAAAUUGAUGAGCUGCACAAGAGUGUUGAAGAGAGCAAUGUGAAGCUGCAUGAGAGUAAUGUGAAGCUGCAGGAGAGCAAUUUGAAGCUGCAGGGGAUCAAGGCCAUCCUAAAUGAAUGAUCACCUGGCUGUGGAAGAGGGCACUAUCAUUUGGCAUUUGCUUACCUUUUGUAGGGUGUGGUUGGCUGUGCUGUAAUGAGAUUAUGGUUUUAAUUUCCUGAACUGGAUCUGUAAAGUACUAAUCUAGUACUAUGAUGCUAAAUGUGAUGGUAUUUAGAGUAUUUGGAUGAAA